AGCAUUUUGUUUUCGUUGUGCCAGAUGAGUAAAUUUAGUUUUUAUUUCGAGUUUUGAUACUGGGACGUACGAAUAUACAUAAAAUAGACGCAGUAUAAUAUAAUUCGAACGUGUUACCAAAUUUUGAUCGAUUAAAUAUGAUUCUGAAUUUUUAUACUUUUAUGCGAGGAUUUGGCGAAUUCGGUGCCAUGCUCCUCUACAUGGUUCUCGGCUGCAUGAGUGGAAAAGCAACCAGUCACGAUGCAGGAUCUCUUCUGAUUUCAAGUCUGCAAUAUGGACUGACUGGGAUGACUGUGAUGCAUAUAUUUGGAUUCAUAUCGGGGGCCCAUGCCAAUCCCUGCGUAUCGAUUGCUUGUUGGAUUUUUGGAUACAUACCCAUGGACAUGAUGAUGCUCUAUGUCUCGUGCCAGCUUACUGGAGCUUUGACGGGGUACUUUCUUCUGCUGCAAAUGUUGCCCCAGGAGGUGAUUGAUAACAGCAAGCCGGCAGUUUGCCUGGUGGAACCACUGGCCAGCCUUUCCAACCUUCAAAUUGUGGGCAUUGAGUGCUUCCUCACGUCCGUAUUGAUAAUGGGCUGGUGCGCUCUGUGGGACGUUCGAAGUGGACGUUUCUUGGAUUCGGUUACCUUGAGAAUGGGCUUUCUUAUUACGGCCUGUAGUUUUGCGGGGGGUACAUUAACAGGUGCCUCAAUGAACCCAGCUAAGACUCUGGUGCCCACUAUAUUCCAUGGAAAUCCCGAAACAGUUUUGCUUCAAUUGGGUGGCCAAAUAUUGGCCUCCAUAGUUGUUCCACACAUUUGGCAGCUUGCCUACACGCCACGUUAUCGUCUUCUUGAGUCGGUUCCCCUCAACCAACCAUGUCUUUAAAGGUUUCGUACUCUUUUGCGCUAAUAAAAAUUUAAAUUUCUUAAUGUUUAGAAGAUCAAAGUAA